UUUCUAGCAAACUUGGGAUCUUCAAUCUUCUGCUUUGCAUUCUGUUGCGCUCAAGUUUGUGGUUUUUGUUGACAAUGAUGAAAUCUCCAGCACAACCAACAUAUGAGGCAAGUCAUUAUGAUGACUAUGGAUUGGAUUUGCAACAAGACUUUUGCCAGUUCUUGGAGGAAGCAAAGCAACAUGGAAAGGAAGCAAAACUAAAGAGUUCAUCAGUGCACCCGGAAGAAUAUGGAAAAACAGGAUCUGAGAAAGAGAAAAGGGGGAAGAAAACAUGGAAAAGUUCUCUGAUUUCAUGGUGGAAAGCUGAAAAGAAAAGCAAGCAUAGAGAAGAACCCACCAAAAAGUCUAAAUCAAAGGUCUAUGGGAAAAGACAUGGCCAUUUUUCUGGUCCAAUAUAUAACUCAUGCAAUGGUUCUGAUGUGAAACACUGGCUUCCAUCUUCUGGUCCUUUGACAAGUUUGUUCAAACCCACAAAGAGAGAGGAGAAUGAGAUACCCUAUAUCUCUCUCCACCAACAAAAUAGCCCCCGUGUUGUACAGAACUAUGGCCCCCUUUAUGUGGUCACUUGA